AUGACAGAACCAAAAACAGCCCUCACUACCUCCCCAGCAUCACCGCUUCCUCCAACCGGUGCAAUAGACGACGACGUAGCCCAAAUACCCACCUGGCGAAAAUGGGUCAUCCUCUUCGUUGUCUGCUGGAUGCCGCUCCCCAUGACAUUCUGGAGCACCGCCAUAAUGCCCGCCACGCUCGAAGUAGCCUCCGACCUAAACAUCCCCGUAACGACCAUAACGACCAUCAACGCGGGUGUUUUUGUAGCGCAGGCGUUGUCGGGGCUGAUAUGGCUGCCUGUUAGUACGAUUAUCGGACGGAAGUCUGCGUAUCUUGCUGCGAAUGCUGUGCUGUGUGUUUGUGCGAUUGGGUGCGCGACUGUGCCGAAUCUAGCUGGGUUUGCGACGUUGUGGAUUCUGGGAGGGAAUACGGGGCCGUUCUUUUUGGUUGCUGGGCAGACUAUUCUGGCGGAUAUUUUUGAUCCUACGUCGCGAGGUACAGCGGUUGGGUUCUUUCUGGGGAGUUGCGUGUCGUUCAAUUCAAUCGCACCGCUUCUUGGUAGUAUCAUUGCUACAUUCACCAGCUGGAGAGUCAUCUAUGGCGUUGAGGCGGGCAUGUGUCUCUUUGGUCUCAUUCUCUCUCUCUUAUUCAUCCCGAAAGCCAGUGAAGUUGAGAAUCCCAAGUUGGCUGAGACGAGACGCCCGCGAACAGCCAAAGACAUUCUUCGGACCUUUAAUCCGAUGCAUGUCUUCUGUCAAUUUAAAUACCCCAAGGUCAUCCUCGCUAACAUCGCCUGCGGUCUCCUCGGCUUCAACCAAUACGGCCUCCUCUCCUCCAUCCGCCGCGUCAUAAACCCCCGCUUCAAUCUCACAUCUCCUCUCUCCAGUGGUCUCUUCUACCUCGCACCCGGCGCCGGAUUUCUCGUUGGAAGUACCGUCGGCGGUAAAGUAUCCGACGUGAUCGUCAAGCGAUACAUGCGAAAGCGAAACGGGCAGAGAAUUCCUGAAGAUCGUUUGAACAGCAGUUUAGUCAGCGUUCUCAUCAUUCUUCCACUUGGAACCUUGCUCUACGGAUGGAGUGUUUAUCAUAGACUGGGUGGCAUGGCGUUGCCGAUUAUCAGCGCGUUUAUCCAAGGUUUUGGACUCAUGGCGUCGUUUAGUGGGCUGAAUACAUAUGCAGCUGAGGUUCGACCAGCACACAGAACCGCAGUUAUCACAGGAAAAUACGUUAUCCAGUAUAGUUUCGGCGCAAUGAGCGUUGGAGGUGUCGUUCCCAUGAUUGACGGCAUUGGUGUUGGCUGGGCCUUCACCGUUAUCACUUGUUUCUCAGUGCUCGCCGGUGGCUUGGUUCUGCUUAUUGCGAGGUUCAGCAAAAAUUGGAAGGCGUAG